AUACCUCUCUCUCUCUCUCUCUCUCUGAAGUCUUAGUUCAUUUAACAGGGAUUCCCUGAUCUGCAAUUUCUAUUUUUAGAAUAAAAAAGGAAGGGCAAUUGGUGUACACUUCGAAGUCACCGAAGUAACAUGGCACUCAGAUGCUACAACAGUUGGUUUGGUUUUGGCUUGAGACCAAAAAGGAACGAUGAGGUCUUCUUAAAUAACGGAGCUGAGUUAUUAGAAGAGUUAAUUACUUAUUCCGAAGGGAAAAGUAGCCCAAUCCGCAUCUUUUCCGCGCAAGAGCUUGAGAAGGCAACUAACAAUUAUGCAGACGACCUAUUUUUUUGUGAAGAAAGAUUGUACAAAAUGUACAAGGGAACCAUCGAUGGUCGAGCUGUUAUCGUCUCCAAGUCACAACAGUCCAAUUUCAUUUCCGCCUCCAGAGCCUAUGAAGUAGCAGUACUAUCCCGAAUUAACCAUGUGAACAUAUUGAAGAUACUCGGAUGUUGCCUCGAGAUCGAAAUUCCAACACUAGUGUAUGAAUUCUUCUCCCACGAGACUCUUUAUGACCGUAUCCACAAACCUGGAACUUCAGGCUAUAUUUCAUGGGAAAAUUGUUUAAAGAUUGCGACAGGAGUGGCGUAUGGACUUACCUAUUUGCAUAUAGACAUGGCGACACCAAUCAUUCAUAGGGAUAUAAAAUCAAGAAAAAUUUUGUUGGACGAACAUUGUAAUGUCAAAAUCAUUGGUUUUGAUGUGUCACUGCCUAUGCCCUUGGGUGAAACAGAGACAGAAUGCCUGGUUCUCGGGACCUAUGGGUAUGCUGAUCCGUGUUAUAUGGCGAAGGGGCUAGUAUCAGAAAAAAGUGAUGUUUACAGCUACGGGGUAGUUGUGUUUGAGAUUUUAACCGGAAAGAAGGAUAGAGAGCUUUGGGAGUCGGCUUCUGAGUUUGCUGAAUGCACAGAAGAGAAGCUUGUUGGCUUUGCUGAGGCAAGUCUUCUUCAAGAAGUGAAGAAAGAUCAACUGAUGGCAUUUGCACAGCUUGUUAGGAGAUGCCUUUCGGGAAGCUGGGAGGAGAGGCCUACAAUGAAGGAAGUUGUUCAAGAACUCCGACGAAUUAAAGGGUUAUGAAAGUUUCAAGAAAGCCCUGCUCUUUAAUCACCAUGUCCACUUUAGGAUGUACUAAGAUACAUUUUCUCCAUAGUCAUAGCUAUGGCUCAGAUGUUUCAACUGAAUAUCCAGUCCAACUUUGUGGGGCCUACCAGAAUGGGCCCAAAACGGCUAUCCAAGCCGUUAAAGUGAAACUUCUUAUGAAAAAUAACCACAAACAAAAUGUUUUUUUUUUU